GAAGGAAAAACAAGGGAAAGAAAUUAAGCCUAAAGAGGGGCCAGCGACCCGAUCAUCCACUACUAUAUCCAAAAGCACAAAGGAAAACAAUCAUCCAUUGCCAAAGCCCAAAGCCAAGCUAUCUAGCUAAGUCCACGCCUACCCAACUUGUGAGCCUGUCUCUGCACACUGCACAGAGCUGUAAUAUCUUUUAACAGAAACAGGAUAUCUUGAUGACACAGUAUAAACAGAAUAGUCUGCCACGUCUGCUGGUGCCAUGUUAAAGAAUCUCCCGCCAAAGAACGAUUCAUUAUUCAUCACCGCUUCGACCACACGUUACUGACACAGUAUAAAUAAGGUUGGUGAAAGUGAUCUUCAUUUAGUCUCUUGUUAACAUCAGUCUUAGAAGAGAUGAGCUCAACUAUUGAUUCAUAUGAUCUAAAGUCUGUGUCAGAUUUGCCUGCACCUUUUCGUUCAACUUUUAGUUUCAGAUAUUUUAAUUCAUUGCAGAGUGAGUGCUUCUCUGGAUGUUAUCUCUCUGACAUAAACAUGGUCAUUUCAGCACCAACUGGUAGUGGUAAAACGGUCUUAUUUGAACUGUGCAUUUUGAGGCUUCUCUCAAAGUUCCUCUCAAAGGAAGGAAAGUUCAUUCAUAUAAAGGGAACUCUCAAAACAAUCUAUAUAGCUCCAUCAAAGGCCUUGGUACAAGAGAAGCUCCGGGAUUGGAACCAGAAGCUUGGUUCAUGGGGGGUCAAUUGUUUGGAGCUUACAGGUGACAGCGAUUCUUAUAACAUAAGAAAUAUACAAGAAGCAGAUAUUAUUCUAACUACUCCUGAGAAGUUUGAUGCAGUGACCCGGUACCGUAUAAGAGAUGGUGGCUUGAGCUUUUUCAGUGAUAUAGCACUUGUGCUUAUUGAUGAAGUUCACUUGUUAAGUGACACACGUGGUGCUGCUUUGGAAGCAAUUGUUAGUAGAAUAAAGAUGCUUGCAUGCAACCCCGAAAUGAAAUCAAGUCCUUUGGCCCAUGUUCGCUUCCUUGCUGUUUCUGCCACUAUCCCAAAUAUUGAAGACCUUGCUGAAUGGCUUAUGGUUCCAGUGCAUGGGAUCAAAAGAUUUGGAGAAGAAAUGAGGCCUGUUAAAUUGACUACCAAAGUAUUUGGUUAUGCUCCUACCAAGAAUGACUUCUUAUUUGAAAAGCGUCUUCAAAACUUCAUUUUUGACAUUCUUAUGCAACACUCAAGAGGAAAAUCUGCCUUGAUUUUCUGCUCCACCAGAAAAGGAGCACAAGAAGCUGCACUCCGUCUCUCUCAGAUGGCAAUGGACUUAGGCCAUUCAAAUCCAUUCAUAAAAUACAAAGAACAACAGGAGAGGCUAAGAGAAGCUUCUCUAGCAUGCAGUGACAAGCAACUUCAAUCAUGUAUUCUUUAUGGUGUUGGGUAUCACAAUGGUGGACUUUGCUUAAAAGAUCGUAACCUAAUUGAAGGUCUUUUUCUUAAUGGUGAUCUUCAAAUUCUGUGCACUACAAAUACUCUAGCACAUGGGAUAAACUUACCAGCACAUACAGUAGUCAUUAAAUCAACACAAUACUACAACAAGGAGAAAGGCCUUUAUGUGGAAUAUGAUAGGUCCAUGAUACUACAGAUGUGUGGAAGGGCAGGUCGCCCACCAUUUGAGGAUACUGGCAUGGUUAUAAUCAUGACAAGGAGAGAAACAGUUUAUUUGUAUGAGAAUCUCUUGAAUGGGUGUGAAAUGGUAGAAUCUCGAUUGCUAUCAUGUAUCACGGAGCAUCUAAUUGCAGAAAUAGUUCAGCUAACUAUCUCUGACAUAACUCGGGCCAUUGAGUGGAUGAAGUAUUCCUAUUUGUAUGUGAGAAUGAAAAAGAACCCUGAGAAUUAUGCUGUUAAGAAAGGGAUUCCCAGUGAACGUCUAGAGAAGCACAUGCAUGAGAUAUGUGUGAAGAAUAUUAAUGAGCUGUCAAGACAUGGAAUGAUUUGGACAGAUGAAUAUGGUUUUCUCUUGAAGCCACUAGAACCUGGAAAGCUGAUGACAAAAUACUAUCUGAAAUUUGACACAAUGAAACACAUUAUAGAAGCUCCUGAAAGCUGCAGUAUGGAAGAUGCACUUCACAUUAUUUGCCGGUCUGAGGAGAUAGCUUGGAUACAACUCAGACGCAAUGAAAAAAAGCUUCUGAAUGACAUAAACACUGAUAAAGAUGGUCGUCUUCGUUUUCAUAUUGUUGGUGAAAAUGGCAAAAAGAAAAAGCGUAUCCAAAGCAGAGAAGAGAAGAUAUUUGUGUUAGCAAAUGACUGCUUGACUGGUGAUCCUUCAGUGCAUGAUAUAUCCCUCAACCAGGACAUGAACUCCAUAUGCUCAAAUGGGUGCAGAAUUGCGAAGUGUAUGAAAGAGUAUUUCAUUUACAGGAAGAACUACAAAGGAACAAUCAACUCUACUCUUCUAGCCAAAUGUCUACACCAGAGACUCUGGGAUGACAGUCCUUACCUGCUGAAACAAUUACCGGGCAUUGGAAUGGUGACUGCUAAGGCAUUACAUUCAAUUGGAAUUAUUUCAUUUGAGACGAUGGCAGAGGCUGAUCCAAGGAGAAUAGAGAUUGCCACCGGUCGGAAGUACCCCUUUGGUAACCAUAUAAAGGAAUCUCUCUUGACACUUCCACCAAAAGUUGAGAUGAAGGUUGAGAAAAUUGAAUGUCGAAGGCAAGGAAAGUCAAAGUUAGCAAUAACAUUGACUAGGUUAUCACAAGCCACUGCAUCAACUAAGCGGCAUUAUGCUGAUAUGGUUGUUGGUUCAGAGGCAGACAACCACAUCCUCUUUCAUGAGAAAAUAAGCCCCUACAAUUUGACGGUUCUUGUGCCAAAUCCUAGAGAAGGGAAGCUGACUAUACAAGCUGACCUAAUCUUUGAAGAAUACAUUGGUCUAGAUGUCCAUAAAAAACUUGUAAUAACAAGGGAAAGCAUUUCAAACCUGAGCUGUAUGAACAGUAAUAAGCAAUACACCACCUUUACUCUGCCGAAAGAAAUCUACAUGGUUGAAGAUGACGAUGACAACACCACCUCUCAAGCUACAACUGGAGAGAAGAAAAUUCCUAGUAAAUCCAAAUGGGAAACAUCUUCCAUGCCGAGCUUCAACCUCCUAGAUGAGAUGGACGAAGGCACCUCCAUUAUUGAACCUGAAGAAAACGAGUGUGAAAUUCUUACUGAAAAAACUAUAUUUGACCACAUACGUAGAAAAGCUAAGAACUUUCCCAUGUUGGCUGCAUCAAAAACCAUGUCUUUAACAUCAGAAACCUCGGUCCCUACACGAAAACGAGCAUACGACAGUGGAUUUCAGAAUGCAACUUCUGUUUUGGGAGAGAAAGAUACCAAUAAAAUUCCGAGACAGACUGUGGUCCUUUCAGAACUGCAGCCCAGAAACGUGGAAGAGAAAAAUUAUGUCAUAGAUAUAGAUGAACAUGGUUUCAUCUCCGGAGGCUUGAGAAGCUUCAAUGUCCUAAAGGAGCACACUCUUACAGGUGUUCAUGCUCCUGAAAUUGAAGAAAACAGACCAAGAACUGCAAAUGAAGGAACAAUAUCUGCUGAUCAGAAAGUCAAUAAUUUUCUGACGUUUGACACACCCAAAACCACAGAUUUUGAGGCUUUGAUCAUUACAGAAAAACAAUUUUGUGAAGAACAGCCUGAACUUCACAAUGCUACCGACAGGUUGGAAAAAGCAGCUCCAAGUAACGUCCUGAUGGGCACUUGGAGAACUCCAGAUUCAGAACCCAGAGUGAUGGAAGAAUCCAUUAAUGGAACCAAGGGAGCUGCAAAAUUCAAGCAGUUUAUAGUUUCCAGAAGUCCCAGCAGCAGUAGGAGGAAAUUGGAUCCCCCUGCAGGAGUUUCGAGAACCAAUACUAAGACGGUGUGUUCUGUUAUGUUCCCGGAAAAGGACAUUGGGUUGCUGGUGCAGGGAAAAGCUACCUCACCGCUAGAACUUCCUGGAGAAAAUAGAUGCAAGCAGCAACAGUUUUCAGAUGGAGCAAACAAGAAAUGUUCAUCGGAAACAGUACGUGGAAACAAGGAAUUAGCGUCACCCCUUGGCUUUCAGAGUGUCUUUUCAUUUCUUUGAUUUUGUUUUACUCGAGGGAUGCUAGAAAAACCGUUUACUAUUUCAUCAGGAAUGGGAUAGUGGAUUUUCGUGUCUCUUGAUUCCUAACCUACAAAAGGCUUGGAAGUCCAGGACAUGCUUAAAACUUGUUUACAACUGUAUAUGGUGGAAUACCUGUCACACUGAUUUUUUUGAAUUCUUUGGUAUGGCGUAUCAUGUCACCAACAAAUGAAUUG